GGGACAUUUAACCCGGAAGCGGAAAUUAUUGUGUUUACGUUUGGUCCGACGACUUCAUUUGGUCUAAAAAGAUGGACACGCGGUUCACCCGGGGCAAGUCUGCAAUCCUGGAGCGCUCGCUGACGCGGCCAAAGACAGAGGUGAGCCUGAGCGCGUUCGCCCUGCUCUUCUCGGAGAUGGUGCAGUACUGCCAGAGCCGGGUGUACUCGGUGUCCGAGCUGCAGGCGCGGCUGGCCGAGCUGGGGCAGCAGGUGGGCGCCCGGGUCCUGGACGUGCUGGUGCUGAGGGAGAAGAACGGAAAGAGGGAGACCAAGGUGCUCAACAUCCUGCUCUUCAUCAAGGUGUCGGUGUGGAAGGCACUCUUUGGGAAGGAAGCAGACAAGCUGGAACAGGCCAACGACGACGACAAGACCUACUACAUCAUCGAGAAGGAGCCGCUGAUCAACGCCUUCAUCUCGGUGCCCAAGGAGAACAGCACGCUCAACUGUGCCUCCUUCACCGCUGGCAUCGUGGAGGCCAUCCUCACGCACAGCGGCUUCCCCGCCAAGGUCACCGCGCACUGGCACAAGGGCACCACGCUCAUGAUCAAGUUCGACGAGUCCGUCAUCGCCAGGGACAAGGCGCUGGACGGGAGAUAGGGCC